CCAGAGGCUUAAACCCGGAGAAACUAGAAUGCUUGAAAGACAAGGGGGAAAAGUUCCGUUUCCUCCUGUCAAAUUGUGAGGAAAAUGGCGAGUCUUUGGAGACUAAAUCGACUGAAUAAUAAGGAGAAGGGUUAUGUGAAUGGAUUAUAUCUUUGCAGUGAGGUGAGGAAACAUUGUCUUCAGUGGAGUACGGCACAGCGCGAGCCUUCAUUGCAUGGAAAAGGAAGCGUCAACUUUAUAGACGUUUCAGCGUGACGCGUUUUCACUUCAGUAAUGUGGAUUGUACGCGCCCUUGGCAGCUACCGAAAAAGCUGUCUUCAUCGAGCAAGACAGAAGUGACCAGCGAGCUUCAUUAUCAUCAUUUGGAUGAGUUUGACCGAUGCAUAUUCUGAUCGAUACAUCUGAAAUAUGUUUACCUCACGUAUAAUGGGACAACACUCACCUUCGGGUCGCGCAACGUGUACGAGAACGCACUUUGCAGAUGUUAGAUAAUCACAGUCGUUAGUCAUUUGACUCCAGCAUGCACGUCUGUUUGAAGGAUUGUGUAUGAGUGAUUUGCUGUACUAACUGCACGAUGGCCCUCAGGUCCAGAAGACCAUUGGUGAGUGUCAUCGUGGGGGUUUUUCUUGGCUUCACAGCCGCAUCGUGGCUGGUUGUGCCCAGAGUUGUGGAGAUCAGUGUGAAGAACAGAAGGUCUUCAGUGUGCACAUAUUACAGUAGCGGCAAGGCUCAGGCUAAAGUUUCAGACACUGCCCACAGUACCUCAUCUACCAUCGGCAGACACAAGCAUCUGCAGCCACUCUUCUCCAGCCAGGAAGGCAGCGAUGAAGGUGAAGAGGAGCUGUAUAGGACAGGGAACAGUAGUGAUGGAGCGGCUCCUGUACCUCCAGCUAGCUUCUUGUAUGUGGGGGUCAUGACAGCUCAGAAGUAUCUGGCCUCCAGGGCUGUAGCUGCCUACAGGACAUGGACCCCCAACAUCCCUGGGCGCGUGGAGUUCUUCUCCAGUGAGGGCUCUGAGAAGGUGCCCCUGCCAAUUCCAGUGCCUGUCAUCCCGCUGACAGGAGUGGAUGAUUCAUACCCUCCACAGAAGAAAUCUUUCAUGAUGCUGAAGUACAUGCACGACCAUUAUUUGGAUAAAUACGAGUGGUUUAUGAGGGCUGAUGACGAUGUCUACAUUAGAGGUGAGAAGGUGGAAUUAUUUCUUCGCUCUCUCAACAGCAGUAAACCGCUGUAUCUGGGUCAGACAGGUCUUGGUACCACAGAGGAGCUGGGUAAACUGGCCCUGGAGCCUGGAGAGAACUUCUGUAUGGGUGGUCCAGGGAUGAUCUUCAGCCGAGAAGUUCUCCGCAGGAUGGUGCCACAUAUCGGGUCCUGUCUUAGAGAGCUGUACACUACUCAUGAAGACGUGGAGAUAGGACGCUGUGUCAGGCGUUUUGGAGGGACCCAGUGCGUCUGGUCAUACGAGAUGCAGCAGUUGUUCUAUGAGAACUAUGAGCACAACAAGAAAGGAUUCAUCCAGGACCUUCACAGUAGCAAGAUCCACAAUGCCAUCACACUGCACCCCAACAAGCGUCCAGCUUAUCAGUACAAACUGCACAGCUACCUGCUCAGCCGCAAGAUCUCUCAGCUCCGGUAUCGCACGAUUCAGCUGCACCGUGAAGGCGUCACCAUGAGCCGACUGGGCAAUGCUGCAGUGCAGUGGGAGGACCAGCUACUGGGGGCUCCACCGUCCUACACACGCUACCGCCCCACAGAGCGGGGAGAUGUCAUAGAGUGGGAUUUUCUGACCGGCAGGCACCUGUACUCCCCCGGAGAGAGGCAGAUGCCCCGUCAAGGCCUUGGAAACCUGGUCCGCUCGGCGCUCGAAGAUACAGUGCUUCAAGUGAUGGAGAUGAUCAACGAGAACUCCAAAACUCGAGGCCGCAUUAUAGACUUCAAGGAGAUCCAGUAUGGCUAUAGAAGGGUGGAUCCGCUUCACGGUGCCGAAUACAUCUUGGACCUUCUGCUGCUUUACAAGAAGCACAAGGGCAGGAAAGUGUCGGUGCCAGUGAGGAGGCACGCUUACCUUCAGCAGUCCUUCAGUAAACCAUUCUUCAGUGAGGCAGAGGAACUGCAUGUUGGCGACCUAGUAGACGCUAUCAACGGUGACUCUCAUUCGCUCUCUUUCCUCUCCAGCUCGCUCAAGAUCUUCUCUUCUUUCCAGAUCUCAGAAUCCACAAAAGAGGUGCAAGAGCAAAGGCAAACGAAAAUACACUUCCUUGUACCACUCACGGGCCGCUAUGAAGUCUUUGUACGAUACAUGGAAAACUUUGAGAGAAUCUGCCUGAUCCCGAACCAGAACGUGAAACUGACCAUAAUCCUGGUUGACAGUGAUACAAACCAGGAUAAGGAGAGACACUUGGAGCUGAUAAAGGAAUAUCAUAACAGAUAUCCUAAAGCAGACCUGUCUAUCAUACCCAUGACGGGAGACUUUUCUCGAGGCCUGGCCCUUGAGAUGGGCUCUUCUCAGCUGGCUAACAACUCACUGCUGUUUUUCUGUGAUGUGGACCUGGUCUUGAAUGCUGACGCCCUCCAAAGGUGUCGAGACAACACCGUCGAAGGAAGUCAAGUAUAUUUCCCUAUCGUCUUCAGUCAGUAUGAUCCAAAAAUAGUUUAUGCUGGGGGUCCUCCUGAAGACAGCGCCUUUGUUUUCACCAAGAAGAGUGGAUUCUGGCGAGAUUAUGGAUUUGGUAUCACCUGCAUAUUCAAAAGUGACUUGCUUAAAGCUGGGGGUUUUGACACCUCAAUACAAGGCUGGGGUUUAGAGGAUGUCGAUUUGUUCACGAAAGUCGUUAAUUCUGGCUUGAAAGUGUUUCGCUCUCAAGAAGCAGGUAUUGUACAUAUUUAUCAUCCUGUCCUGUGUGACACACAUUUAGACCCUAAGCAAUACAAAAUGUGUGUCGGGUCCAAAGCGAGCACUUAUGCAUCCACAAUGCAGCUGGCAGAAUUGUGGUUGUCCAAACAUUUAGGCGUCGGUUAUAACAGGACUUCCUCCUGAUGUUGCAAACAAUCCCCAGCAAUCCCUGGAGUUUACCUCAGAUCUUCAAAAGUGCAAAGCAAUUCAUUCACUGUAUGUGUGAUUAUUUGUAUUUUCUGGAUGAAUGUACGUCCUAUCAAAUAAGUACACUCCAACUCCUUUAGUGCAAUGUUCAAAAGUUUUUCUUGCUAUCUAAGUAUGUUGCAGCAUCUUCAGAAGGAAAUCUAUUGAACAGGUCUGAAAAGAACCCAGACAGCAACAUAGUGUUGACCCAGAUCCGGCCCACAUCUGGCCCGUGUGAAAUCCAUGCGGGCCAGAUGUGGGCCGGAUCUGAGCCGACACUGCUUGCUGUCUGGAAAGGUCAUUUUGGAACUUAUGCAAUGAGCUUAUUUUGUUUUCCAUCUUGCAAUCUUCUCAUACACUCAGGAGCACGUUCUGUCACAUGAACACAACAUGGAAUAAGGAAACUGGUGUUCUCUGUAUGUCAUUCAAUAGAAACUAGCUAGUUCAGUGGUUAUAAUAAUAAUAAAGAUGACAAUAAUAAUGUACAGAAAGUGCCACAAAUGUGCUUUAAAUUUCCUCGCUGAGGAAAAUGACAAGACAAAUUGAGUUAUCUGAUUUAUACAAAGAGAAAUAUUGUACCUUAUUGCAGUAUUUUUUUAAUGAACUAUUCAAUGAUUUUAUUUUUUACUUAAAUUUGUUCCAUAAUAUAACGGUACUGGUUACCAUGUGGCUAUGUCUUUUUUCUUUAUUCUUGUGUGCUCCAGUGAACAACUUACAAUUGUUUUUGCUUUGCGGCUUUUAUGAUUUUUUUUUCAUUUGUUGGUGGGAAAAAUUCAGUGACAUUAAAAUUAUUUAUAAUAAAAAAAACAUUGAUAUGCAUUUGUCUGUGGUUUAAUUUUUUUUUGUUUUUUUGGUGUUUUUACAUUAUUUCCUUUAUUUUAAUUACAAUAUUACCUUUACUUUCAUGUCAGAUUUUAUGUGAGAAAUCCUAGACCAUGUAGAUUUUAGACAUCCAUCUGAUACCAGGAAGGAUGCAAUUAUCCAUCAUAUUAAAAGUCCAUCAUGAAAUGGAUCCAAAUGUUACAGUAAAUGUCCGUUUCCAAGAGCUAAGAUUAGGUAUGCACAUAACAUAUCAGCAUAUCAUCAUGAAAUAAUUAUAGUAUACAAUUUUCUGCCUAUAAAAAAUUUAGGAACUUUUCUUAAAACAGAUAUUGUAUGUGCAGACUGUUCCCACUGUACAACUGAGCUAAUUAUUUUGUUAGGUGGUACAUCAUUUAAAACCCAAAUUGUACAACACAACCGCUUUGUGCUCAUGUUUCUCAG